UCAGGCCAAAGUCUGUAGCAAGCAAUAGUCAUAUUGGCAUUUGCAUUCGCACGGUGUCUCGCGCAUUUACUGUAACUCCUUAUUCCGACGGUCCGAUCAUGAACUAAAUAUUGUACAUCGGAUACGGUUUAUUUAACUGGCGUAGCUCUCUCUAAGUGUUUAAUGAGAAUAUGUAAUGUGUGUAAAUAUAUGAGAAGUUCACAAAUGUUAAUUUACACGAAUUAUAACUUUCGCAACCAAGAAAAUAGUGAAAUGUGCCAACCGAAUCAGUGUACGUGUGCCCGGGAUGGUUUAAAGCAAAGUUAACAACGUGUGUUAAUAUCGGGUUCUUGUAUGAUAAGUAAAGCAGGAAAGUGCAAAAAGAACAAGUGAACUAAAACAAAGCCGUUGCUCACAUAACAAAAAAACGACGGUUCAACAAAAACCAAUGCCUUUUUAGCAUAUUAUACUACAUACAAUACACACACAAUAUGUGUGGUACUUGCAUAUGUAGCCCUUAAAUAAAAAAAAUCAUCGCCAUCUGUAUGAAUUUCGCUAAGGCUGGCUCGAUCCUGUGGAGGUAGCCCUGCGUGAAACAUUGCCGCCUGCAGUGAAUCCUGGCAUUUAUUUUUAAAGGUCUUUGUUGACACUCAAAUGACGAGUAGAACGCAUACUAACCCAAGUUUCUCACAAAGUGCAUGUACAUAAAUUAAUACUACACGCACAAUACCGAUUUCCAUCGUAAUCUGAAUAUCAUCAACAUCAAGAGCAACUUUUUUUGUGUUCCUUGACGGUUCGAUCCAAGAUCCAAGAUCGUUGGGAUCGCAAGCAUCUUGUUAACCACAAAAACAUAUCUUUUUAAUUAUGUUUACCCUGCAACCAACUCCGGCAGCUAUAGGAUCAGUGCCAUGGUCGGCAGGGUCACUAAUUGAACGACUGCCAACCUUGGAUGAUAUGAAUCAUAAGGACAAUGUUCUUGCUAUGAGAAAUCUGCCCUGUUUGGGCGUCGCUGGUGGGAGCGGACUGGGCGGUAUUGGCGGAAAGGCUGCUGCAACUGCUGCGAUGGAAGCCGCCGCGGAUGCGACUACAGCACCACAGCCCCCACAUUCGACAUCUUCGUAUUUUACCACCACUUACUACCACUUAACAGAUGAUGAAUGUCACAGCGGGGUAAAUCAAUUGGGUGGAGUCUUUGUUGGAGGAAGACCAUUACCUGACUCGACUCGCCAGAAAAUCGUUGAGCUUGCUCACUCCGGAGCUCGACCAUGUGAUAUUUCUCGGAUCCUUCAAGUUUCCAAUGGAUGUGUUAGUAAAAUUUUAGGCAGAUAUUACGAAACAGGAAGUAUUCGACCACGUGCGAUUGGAGGCUCUAAGCCACGAGUAGCCACCGCAGAGGUCGUUAGCAAAAUCUCGCAAUACAAACGGGAAUGCCCCAGCAUAUUUGCCUGGGAAAUCAGAGAUAGAUUAUUGCAGGAGAGCGUGUGCACAAAUGACAACAUACCAAGUGUAUCGUCAAUAAACAGAGUACUGAGGAACUUAGCAGCACAAAAGGAGCAGCAAAAUACUGGAACAAGCAGCUCCAAUCCCAAUCCCAAUCCAAACCCAAACCCAAGCCAUGCAGCAGCUAGCGGCAAUGGCAGUAGCAAUAAUGGUAAUAGUAGUAGUAAUGGUAACAGCGUAAGUGGAGCGAAUGGGGUGGGGCCGAGCUCCACAAACGAUCUGAUACAAACUGCGACACCUUUGAACUCAUCGGAGAGUGGAGGUGCCAGCAAUUCUGGCGAGGGCAGCGAGCAGGAGUCGAUUUAUGAGAAGAUACGCAUGCUGAACACUCAACAAGCCUCGACGCUGGAUUCGGCUAUAUCAACCACAGGGGCGCCUCCAGUCACUCACGGGCAGCUCAUGACGAGUGUGCCCAGCAACUUCAGUCCGCACUCCCAUUCGAGCCACCCGAUCCACACCCAUGGCCAUGGGCAUCAACAGCAGCAGAGUUGGCCCACUCGACAUUACCCCACUGGGUCCUGGUAUGCAGCUCCUCUGAAUGGCAGCGAAUUGGUUUCGUCUCCAGGUGUCAUCUCUGUGACCGGCUAUGGAAACGGUGGCCUGACCGCUGCUUCAGGUCUGGUUCCGGGACAUCCGUUGACUCCACCAAGUGAUCUCAUCAAUAUUGGGGGCCCAAGCGCUCGUUUGGGCAACUGCACCAAUUCCGCAGACGAUGUAAUGCUCAAAAAGGAGCUCGAUGGACACCAAUCAGACGAAACUGGUUCAGGCGAAGGAGAUAACUCAAAUGGUGGUGCCUCCAACAUAGGAACGAGUGAAGAUGAUCAGGCUAGAUUAAUUUUAAAAAGAAAAUUGCAAAGGAACCGAACAUCAUUUACAAAUGACCAGAUUGACAGUCUAGAAAAAGAGUUUGAAAGAACACAUUAUCCGGACGUCUUUGCCCGCGAACGAUUGGCUGGAAAGAUAGGUUUGCCCGAGGCAAGGAUUCAAGUCUGGUUUUCGAACCGACGAGCCAAGUGGCGUCGUGAAGAGAAAUUACGAAAUCAGCGGCGAACGCCAAACUCAACUGGCACAAAUGGAACAUCAUCGUCGACCUCGGCAACAACAUCUUUAACUGACAGUCCCAAUAGCCUAGGCGGUUGCUCUUCACUAUUGGCCGGCUCUGCAGGAAGUGGACUGAAUGGCUUAGCAUCGCCGAAUCCAAUAGCAACGCCAACUGGCGGGUCUGAAACUACGGAUGCACACCACACAGCCUCAGGAGGUGCUCAUAUUCGAUCUGGAACGCAUGACAUAGGCAAUGCAUGUUCACCAGGGCUAGGAAUUGCUGACCAACGGCAUCAGCACCAUCAUCACGUUCCUCCUCACACACUCGUCCCGUCCAUUUCACCGCGCCUCAACUUCAACAGUGGCUUCAGCAGUUCGAUGAGCGCAAUGUAUUCGAAUAUGCACCACAAUGCGAUAUCAAUGAGUGAAGGUUACGGAUCUGUGUCCUCGAUACCAAACUUCGGCCAUCCAACAGUGGGUUCGUUGGCACCUCCUUCGCCAGUUAUGCAACAAAGAGAUCUGACACCGCCAUCCAUGUAUCCGUGCCACAUGCCUCUGCGGCCUCCGCCAAUACCACCACAUCAGCUUGUUGGUGUGGGAAGUGCCACAAAUGACAGUGCUGGCGUCAGCAGCAGUCCACUCCAAUCCAAUCCACAUGCUGCGUCCGGAACUGUGGCCAGCAACAAUGCAACCGGAUACGAAUCUCUUUCGGCUUACAGUUUGCCGCCCCCGCCACCAGCGAGCACAGCUGCGAAUCAUAUUCCCUCUGGCCAUCAUCACAGCAUGGAGGCUCGCCAAGCUACUUGUAGUCCAAGUCUAAUGAAUAGUGGCGGCUCAGUUCAUGGGGUGGGUCAUGGUUCGGGAUUUGGGAGCGAGAGUAUUUCACCUGCUAUGCCUUCCUACGCACACAUGAGCUAUAACUAUGCUGCAGCGGCCAGUGGCGUGGCAUCCUCUGGAGGUGCCAAUCCCGCUGCUGCCAUUAAUUCGCAUGGAUCGGGAAAACAGCAGUUUUUUGCGUCUUGCUUUUACUCGCCUUGGGCUUAAGUGCAAGUACAGUGGAUUUACAGUGGAAAACUAAUUUAAAAAAAAAAAAAACAGCUUUCAUGCCUCAAAAAAGUACUCAACCGAAUCUUUCAUAUCAAGCCAGCACUUCGGAGACCCAAAAAUCGAAUUUACAUAUCUUUCAAUAAAUACUUUACAUCACUGAUUUAAGCAUGAAGGUUGUAGAAAAGUGCAUAUGUAUAUUUCCGCCCAAGGAUUCCACCAAUCAUCAGUAAUUGGUGUGAUUGAAUAAUAUAAAUUUGAGCAAAAAAAAAAAAAAUUAAAAUUAGUUUUAUUUGUAAAAUAUAACAAAGUGAAAAAACAUUUACCUCUAAGCUUUAAGGCCCUUGAACACAAAUAAAACUAGCCAUAAACUUAAUAAAAAUACUUUAGAUAUAUUCCCAUUAGUCUGGAAUUUCAUUUUAUUACGUUCCACAAAUGCAUAGAAAAGGAACACAUUAGGAAGUAUCUUAGACCCAAUACCUAUUAACUGACGAAGCCAAAAACAAUAUGAAAUUAAGUCAGAGUUACCUGGGAGCUAAUGGGAGUUAUUCAGUACCAAUUGUUCAUUUUGUUUUCUAUUGAAACAUUUUACGCAAUAAUUAAACAAUUAAAAAGGAUUUAAAGGUCGCAUGCUAAAUAUAAUGUGAAUAACAAAAACGAAGCUUUA